AGCAAAUCCAAAUUUGAGUAUGAGGCCAAACAUCUCCUUUGGUACCUGGAGAAGAUUAGAGGGAAAAUGAUUCAUUUUCAAUGAUCAUAGGCCAACGAAUUGAAUUUUAUGCUAUAUCUGUUCCGUGUAUUUUUUUUCAAAAGUGAAACAAUGUAAACUUUAACCAAGUUUUUAGAAAAAACUAUGAAUAUCUAUCAUGCCAAAUCGAUGUCAUUAGAUACAUCGUGACAUACAUUUUCAUCUUGUAUUUAUAUAGUAUCAUAGUUCUCGAUAUAUUUUUCUAUGAACUUAGUCAAACUCUAGCUCGUUUGACUUGAGGAAAAAUUUAUACGCCUUAUAUUACGGAAGGGAGAUAGUAAUAAACAACUAGGCUGUGUUUAAUCUGAAGUACCUGAUGACAAGGUGGUAGGUAAUGAUUGUUAGCAUUCUGUUGCAUUAACUUUUUCUAGCUGACAUGUCUUACAAUUGUACUUCUUACCAUGCAUGGGUGGUUUAUUCUCAUAAAUAUGGGUGCAUGAGAAAGCAAUCUUCAUGAAGAAUAAAGGAAUUAUUGAUGCCUUGGUGAUUUCUUAUAGAUAAAAUCUCAAUUCAGGGUAGCUAAUUAUUUAGGAUUUUUGAAGGGUAAUUCUAUAUCCCAUAUGUUUGCACUCCACUACCUGGAAUUCUCUAAUUUUUUAGCCUGCCACAUCAUCACAACCUGCAUUUCACUGUGUGCGUUUCCUCGUGUCUUCAUAAUGGAUGGGCAUUUCACCCGCACUAUUGUUGCUUCUUGCUUUGCCCUUCCUGCAUUAUUCUCCUAUGAGCGCCCUCCUACUUCACUAAAUGCAUUUCAACUGUGCCACCAUUGCCUCCCUGUUGUAGUUGGCCAAUCGCAGCCUCGCCUGGUUACGCCGGAGCCAUUGAAGCUUCACAUUAGACCUUCACCUAGGCUGCCAACGACAUGCUUGCUUGAGAUGUACACCGCCUGGCAUGGAUUGACGCUGCUGUCGCGUGGGAACUUUUUCCCCAGUGUGGGCUGUAUCUACUCUGCCGCAUGCCAUCGACCAAGGCCAGAUUUGUACACUAUCGUGAGGGCCUCGUAGUCAGCCAUCUGCUAUCAAGGACGUAUCAACAAAUCCAUGUAAACCACUCUGCACAUGCCCCUCUGCCCUUUAAAGUCACCUGCAGGCUUCUAUUGCGGAAUCUGUUAGUCAGAGGAUGCCAAGGAGAGGAUAUUGUAAGCUUUUGGUGGCAGUAUCAUGAGAGGAUGCCAAUGCAUACGCUGGAAAAUUUUGACAUGAAGAAUUUCAUGACUGCACUUGGAUCUAGCACUUGUUACAUGGAACAGAGGUCAUCUGAUAACAUUAUUGCUAAUGUAAAUGAUGACAACAUAGAUAAAGGACAAUGCCACCAUUUCUCUAUAAGAGAGUAUGUCCGUCAGAGGCAGAUGAGCAACACAACAUUUUGCUCACUGUUUGAUAAAUACAUCAGUUCAUCAUUGGUUACUACAAAAACAUAUCGACAAUGGAAUUGCAAAAGCUGCCGGGAUAAGCUGGAUCUCUUAUACAACAGAACACCAGCUAGAACAUUGAACGAAUCUCCAUUAGUGCCAGAACAUGUUGUCCACAAGGAAUUAUCUCAAGAGAAGGGUUCUGCGAAAUGCCAUUUACCUUGUUCCUACAAUGAGGAGUCCACAGAACUAGAUCGAGCUAUAAAUGGUACAUGUGGAAGCCUUGGUGAAAAAUUAGAAUUUCUGCCUGGGGAACCAAUGGUCGGAAGAAGUGAGAAAGGUAAUAGCGUCAAGUCGCUACCAGUGAAAAGGAAGGAUGAAACUCAUGCUAACUUCCAUGAUAUAAAUCAGAACGUGAUCAAAACUUACAAGAGAAGGAAGAACACCAACAUUUCUUCAGUCGACUGUCAAGAUCGAUCGGAAAGCAGUAGAGCUGGUAAUAGCAAGGAGAAACAUGUCACAAGCAUCACGCAGGCAGAUGCAGGCCUGCUAUACCCAGCUGUUUGUUUGAGUGAGGGAAAAGUACUAUAUACCACCAGCAUCAUGGAUGGUGGUGAAAGAUUUAAAAACAAUGGCGUGCAGCAAAUUCCAUGCAGUUCUGAAAAGGAAUUGGAAUGCUUGAAGAUGCACUUAUCAAAGGUUUCUCCAGGCAAGAGUGAACAGACCCUGAGAAAAACAACUGAACACAAGGAGGACAAAUGUGUCAUAGUUUCUGUAAAGGAGGCAUCAACCAGAGUGCAGAGUGAGAAAUCAAAUCCUGAGUUUUCUCAGUUAGAACAGCAACAAAGCCGCCGUUUGCACAAUGAACAGGCACUAAGUACAACAGAACAUGAGGAGGAGGAUUGUGCAAUAGUUUCUGUAGCAGAGUUUCCAUCGGUACAGCACCAACAAUUCCAGCAUUUGCACAAUGAAGUGUCACUAGGAAAUGCAACUGAAGACGAGGGGGGUGAUUGUGUAAUAGCUUCUGUAAAUCAUGUAUCAGCCAGUCUGCAAAGUGGAGAAUCACAUAAUCAGUACAAUGGAGAAAAUUUCACAUCGUACAGAGAUGACGCCAACUUGAAUGGAAGUUUUCCACCAACCAUGGAUAUUCCUGCGAGGUAUCAGCACCCACAGAAUUUCUGUAAGCCCGUUUGCCCUGUUCCAAGAAUUGGUGUGCUUAGUCUCACGUUGCAGAAAGAAGUCGCAACAUAUGCAAAGAGCUGUGGAACAGAGUCUGGCUAUCGAGUAGGCAUGUAUGACGAGGAAGCACCUUGCCAGAUAUACAGAGGGGAAAGCCUGGCAUUCUCGAGCUCACAGCAAAUUCCGGCAAACUGCAGUCCCCAGCAUUUGGGUUAUGCCACCUCUGUUGCAAUUCCAGAACCAGCGAGGGAGAGUUCACAUUCAACCAAAGGCAAGAGCAAAAUGGUUGAUGAUCCAUCGGAUAAGUCUUCAGAACAGGAUAUGUGUGCUCUGUCUCUGUCUAUCUAUCCGUGGCCAUGAAUGCUGCACUUCGUGGAAGGAGUUCCAGACUAAAAGAUGAACGUGGGUACCAAAUAUGUUUAUUUUUACAUUGUUAUUUCAUUAGUUGUCUGAAAGUGCGGACCAGUGUUGGCAACAGACUUGUCUUGUGUUAAAUAAUGUUUUGGCUGUGACGUUUUGGAGUUGAAUAAUAUACAGUCUAGGAG